AUGACACCUAUUGAACUCCUCGUCAUUGAACUCUUUGUAACCAUUAUAUUGAUGUCACUUCUGUAUGCAACCAUUUUUGGCAAUGUGACAACCAUCUUCCAGCAAAUGUACGCCAACACAAACAGGUACCACGAAAUGCUGAACAGUGUCCGGGAUUUCCUUAAGCUCUACCAGGUGCCCAAAGGUCUGAGUGAACGUGUGAUGGAUUAUAUUGUUUCUACCUGGUCAAUGUCCAAAGGGAUAGAUACGGAAAAGGUUUUACAGAUUUGCCCUAAAGAUAUGAGAGCAGACAUCUGCGUGCAUCUGAACCGCAAAGUUUUCAAGGAGCACCCUGCAUUCCGGCUGGCAAGUGACGGUUGUCUUCGCGCUCUAGCUAUGGAAUUUCAGACAGUCCAUUGUGCCCCAGGGGAUCUCAUCUACCAUGCUGGCGAGAGUGUGGACAGCCUUUGCUUUGUGGUUUCAGGGUCUUUGGAAGUAAUCCAAGAUGAUGAAGUUGUUGCUAUUUUGGGUAGGUCUCAUUGUUUAUAGCCUAUUUGUGCCCUCUGUCUAUGUGUCUAUCUACACAGAUAGCAUUAGAUUAAUUCUUCACAUUCCUAGAGCACCUUUGAUUCAAGGAUCUCUGCAUGCUUUAUAAAGUAUAGAGAGGUAGCCAGGUAUUAGUGUCUCUGUUUAACAGAAGAAAACAAAGUGACUUGCUUAGGCAACAGCCUGAUGUAG